AUGAAUCAAUUUACAAUUGAUAUUAAAUCUAUGCUACAAUUUUGUACAACUAUACAGUUGAAAUGUCCAGUCAUUAAUGUUACGAAAGAACCAAAUUUAAAUUUCAUGAAUAUUCCCUAUUAUGAACAACAACAAGUACAAGAUGAUAAAAAAGAUUUUAAUAUUUAUGAAGGAGUUGGAGUGGGUGGUGGUGGAGCUGGGGAACCAUCAUCAACUAAACAUGAUAAUAAUGGUGAUGAUGUUGUUGAAGAUUUAAAUGAAUUGAAUAAUGAUUAUAAUGAUAAUAAUACAGAUAAUACAGAUAGUAGUACAGAUAGUAGUGAUAAUGGUGAUAAUGAUUUUAAUGAUCAAGAAUUUGAACAAGAAACUGAAGAAACGUUAUAUGAUAAUAAAAAUAAUAAGUUAUCGAAACGUGCUGAGCAAAUACAAUGGUUACAAACAUUAAGUUCUGAUAAAUGUAAUAUUACAAAAUUAUUAUGUUUAAUUUGUAAUAAAACGUUAGCUCACAUCGGAUCAUUAGCCAGGCACAUGGAAAUACAUGAAACAAAUCGAAAAUAUGUAGCGGAAUGUACACAAUGUAACAAAGGAUUCUACGAUCAAACGAAUUAUUUAAAACAUUUAGAACGACAUACGGGCCAAGUACAAAAACAUAAAUGCACACAUUGUGAUAAAGAAUUUUAUGAAUUAAGUAAAUUAUCAACACAUUUAAAGAAUACACAUAAAUUAUCAUCCGAAUAUAAAUGUAAAGAAUGUAAUAAAGAAUACAUAUUAAAAGAACAAUAUACAACACAUAUACAAACAAAACAUUAUAAUAUUAAACGAUAUAAAUGUACAAAAUGUCCAAAACAAUAUCAUUUACAACAUCGUUUACAAAAACAUAUUAAGAAUACACAUGAGAAAAUUUAUUUAUGUCAAAUAUGUGAUAAACAAUAUAAAUCACAUACAUCGUUAAAGAAUCAUACCGAUCGUUAUCAUCCGAAAUCAAUUGAUAAACAAUCGAAUUUAUUAAAAAAAUCAUGUCAUAUUUGUGGUAAAAUUGUUUUACAUAUGAAGAGACAUAUGUUAGUACAUAAUGCUGCCCGUACAUUUCAAUGUACAAAGUGUACAAAAUCAUUUUUAUUCAACAGUGAUUUAGUAGCACACAUUAAACGUGUUCAUGAUGCUGCUAACAAUCAAGAUGGUGCAUCGAAUGCCACCCUUCUACCAUAUUUAUGUAAUAUUUGUGGUAAACGUCGACAAUCACAAUCAGCGUUACAACAACACAUUAUUCAUGCGCAUACAACGGAGAAAACGAAAUUAUGCACAAUAUGUAAUAAAUAUUAUAAAACUGAUUCAGCAUUACAUCGACAUAUUCGAUUUUCACAUAAGAAUGAUCGUCGUUUUAAGUGUACAGUGUGUACUAAAGUAUUUUAUACGAAUGCUAUGUUACGUAUUCAUAUGCGUACUCACACCGGGGAACGUCCGUAUCAAUGUGUGAUCUGUUCGAAAUCGUUUGUACAAAGUUGUACGUUAAAAACACACAUGAAAGUGCAUAAAGGAGCUGAUGAUCAACAAUAUCACACUAGUAACACCGCGUAAUCAAUCAAAUACUUAAGAGUCUACUAUCAUACGGAUCCAAACUGUCAUAAGGGGGGGGGGGGGUGUAUUUAAACUUUUGUUUAUCAUAUUAGGUCAUAAAGUGUCAAUAAAAACAAGAAACUCUUUUUUCGAGUAAAAGAACAUUUUAUUCAACCGGUCAAAAUGUGAUAUUUAGUCACUAUUCUUCAUACUUCAGUAAACGAGACUUAAACCUCAUCGAUCUUCAGACAUUGUGGACCUAAAGUAUGUUUUGUGAUGACGGAAAGUUGAAAAGAAGCGUUCAUUCAUCGCUGUGGUCACAGACAAAACUGCUAGAACACGAAUAAUUUAGUAGACAUUUUGAAACGCAUUUUCAUUGCAAAUAUCGAGUGCUUGGAGUGAAUUUUUAACGUCCUAUUCGGCAAUGUUCAUUGUAAAAAAUUUUGAAUAAAAUAGCUAGCUUUCGAUGUGUUUUAUCGAAUUGGCGUUUGUUUGACGGCGAAAUAUAAUGAAAAAUGUCCAACACGCGUAUAAGUUGACGUCAAUUCAACAACUGUUGUGUUCAAUAGUACAUCGCCUUUUUGGAUGGAAAGAAGUUAAGCAAAAAAGAAACCAUUAGAGAAAUAUGAAGAGUGAAUAAUUAUUAAUAUUGAUUUGAACU